AGUUUAAUCAGGUCUAGUGUCAAAAUGAAGCAACUUUUGGUUUUAUUCGCUAUUAUAGCUGUGGGCAGCUCUAGCAUAUGGAAAGGCGGAUUUAGAAUAAGAUUCGACAUCGGCGUAGACUUUGGCAGCACCUUCUUCAUCGAAGUCCCACGCACACUCACGGACGCCAUCUCAGAAGGAUGGGUGUCGCAAACCCAGCCUGACGGUCUGCCAGUCACCUCUGUAUCUAUGUACUGCUACUCUGACAACAUUGUGUGCAACUUCUACGAUUCCAACGGCGAUGUAGCUGGCUUGCAAGUUGCUCUGCCAAAAGACAAGUUCACCCCUCACUACGAGGACAUGGAUGCGGUGGGCUUCACGGAUUGGACGGUGGAUGAUGUUGAAUACUACACACUACAGCAGUACUUCACCACUGAAGAAAUCCUCAGCAGCCGGGCUACGCGUGCCAACGAGAACAAGAUCACCGAAAAUGGCGGCGUUUGGGUUGUGGGAACCAACAAGGAGGUGGUCAAGAUCUCUAACUCCACCAGCGAGAUAGUCAGUGAGGGCGUCUUCACCGUACAGGCCUGCAUUCCGUGGAUGGGCCACCACUACUACUACAAGAUGGACCCCAGCUUGAGCUGCGACGAGCCUCUUUUCCCGUGGUUCGCUAUCGUGGAAUCUGGUGAGCUCGUUGCCACUGGCCUAGCGGUCGUCGGCGAGUUGAACCUUGACAGUGGCGCUAGGAACUGGUUUGAGACCCCUGAUCAGUCUGCUGUGAAGACGAUCGUCCCUUUUGGCCCAGACUGCCUUUACGAGCUAGCUUCGAGCCCUGGAGCUGUCUCAAUGCACAUCUACUACAUCGACCAGCCCUGGCUGGUAUCCUGCAUUCCAGUAGAAUACGCCUGAC